AUGCUACUUCAAUCAAAGAAACAAAAGCUUAAUAAGGUCAAAAAGCAGCAACACGAGUCAACUCCAGGAGUGAGCAGGGAAAUUGCUUCUGAGGGCACCAAUUCGUCUUGUGGAGUGAUAAGGAAAUCUGAGAGCAUCCUGUCGCCGCAUUUGUCAAUCUUCCAGGCUCUUCACAAUCCGGAGUUGGAACUCGAUCUCUCGGCUCUGGAAAAUGGCCCUGUACAACGAAUUUCCACGCCACUUAAUUUAAACUCCGAAAUCCAUGCUUACAACAGUUCCUAUAGAAACGAAGAUUUUUCUAUAACGUCAUGGCAAUCGAUACCCUCCAGCUUUGGGCUUGCUGAUGCAAAUGCUUCACCCGCAAAUAGGGUAUUGUGCAGUACAGCCAAGCUCAACAGUCCAAACAUAGGUUCAAUUCUCUCUAGCUCCGAUAACGAAGAGCGCAAUCUAGAGGAUACAAGCGUGCAGAAUCCAACUCAUCAAGUACUGGUUUUCGACUCAGAGUCAUUUUCCGAGUCUUCGGACGAGGAGCAGGAUACAAUCGAGCUGUCCACGGCGGCGCCCUCCUUUGUCAUGCCGCGGGUCUCUGUUUCUGGCUUGAGUGGAAACGAGCUAGUUUUCCAUGGCAAAGUAAGGAUCCAGGUUGUCGGAUAUCAAAAAGAAGUGCUCUUGUCACGUCUAAGCAAGUACCGCAAAACGCUUAACCGAAUUGUCUUCACUGACUCAAAUCCAUCGAUAAUGAUUGUGGUCGUGAAGGACGAUAACUAUUUGCUUUCCGAUGUCGUGGACAAGCCGUUCGUACCGUUGCUAACGGGGAUCAAUGUUGACUUAGCAUUAUUCAAAAAGUCGUUUCCGAAGAACUUGAUGAUUUGCGAACCAAUCCAGUUACAGUCGAUUACGGAUGAUUUGAUGCCAUUUAUUGAAUUUUUGACGAAUUUGCAAGUGUCUGGAUGCGACUUUAGCAAAGUGCUCGAACUUUCUAUUGCGCACUAUUCCAUGACAAAUCAGCAUCUCUCCAUGGAUAAGGUCAAUUCAAUUCUGCUUGAUAACUCAGCAAAGCAGCUAGGAAGCAGAUCCAUACACAAAGAGGCGGGUGACCCAGAGAAAAAGAAGUCAUAUCCAAAGCUCCACCGACACGGACUAUUCUUGGGAUUGACUGUGGGAAUGGUGAGCCUUGCUGUAUUAAUGAUAUGGAAAGAACUGGCUUCCAAUGCAGAUACCAACAAACUGGAAAGCUCCACUCGAAUUCACCAUUUUGUUGUAAACUCCAAAGAUGUGAUGCACUCGGAAUGCAGCAGAGGCAAGCUCAAUCCACAUACUAUAACAUUUUCGGUGAGCUCGUUGUGCGAUUCCGUCAUAAAAGGCUCUAUAGAGAGCUGGGAAUUUAUCAAGACCGAUUUGGAUGCUUUAGGGAAGCUGUUAAUAAAUUCGAGCUAUUUUCUUAUUGAAAGAACAAAGCUCACCUUGCUGCGGAUUAUCGAGAUGACCGAGCAAGUGCUAUCAUAUUGA